AUGAAGGAGCACUUCUUCAAGUUCAUGCAAACCAUGUUUGAUUCCGAUCAGGCUGAACUUGCACCCAUAAUGGAACCACAGCACGAAUGUUGGUACUUGCCCAUAUUUGGUGUUUACCAUCAGAAGAAGGAUCAAAUACGUGUUGUAUUUGAUUCCAGUGCUAAAUAUGAGGGUACCUCCCUCAACGAUGUGUUGUUGAGUGGACCAGACCUGAACAACACAUUGUUGGGUGUUCUCAUCCGUUUCCGAAAAGAACAUGUGGCAAUCACGGCAGACAUACAGCACAUGUUUUAUUGUUUCAUUGUCCGUGAAGACCAUAGAGACUUCCUCAGGUUUCUAUGGUUUAAACAUAAUGAUCCAAAUGAAAAAAUUGUGGAUUACCGCAUGAAAGUGCAUGUGUUCGGGAACAGUCCGUCGCCUGCUGUGGCCAUAUAUGGGUUACGAAGAGCUGUUCUGUUAGGAGAGGACAAACACGACGCAGAAGUGAAACAAUUUGUAAUCCGGAAUUUCUAUGUGGAUGAUGGACUUGCUUCCUUUCCAACCAGUGAAGAAGCUAUCACCGUGUUGAAACGGACAAAGGAAGUACUUGCAGAAUCAAACAUCAGGCUGCACAAAAUAGCCUCUAACAACAGAAAAGUUAUGGAAGCAUUCUGUCAGGACGACUUGGCCAAAGAUUUGCACGGCAUUGAGUUACCAUCAGAUCCCUUACCUUUGCAACGAAGUCUGGGACUCGUGUGGAAUCUACAAACCGACACCUUUACUUAUUAUGUGUCAAAGAGAGAGAAACCGUUUACCAGAAGAGGCAUCCUCUCUGUGGUCAAUAGUCUCUAUGAUCCUCUUGGUUUCUUAGCCCCUGUAACAGUACAAGGUAAAGCAUUAGUCAGAGAACUAACUAAUGAUCAAUGUGAUUGGGACACUCCCAUACCAGCUGAAAGAAAAGAUCAGUGGAGAGCAUGGCUUGAUUCACUUCUGGAGCUUAAACAGAUUCAGAUUAAAAGGCCAUAUUUUCCCAUUUCUCUGUGUUCUACCAGGUACAGAGAACUAUGUAUCUUUGCAGAUGCAUCUACCAUGGCCAUAUCAGCUGUAGCAUACCUUAGAGCAAUUGACACAGAGGGGUACAGCCAUGUUGGCUUUCUCCUGGGCAAAUCUAAGUUAGCUCCUCGCGCUCCUUUAACUGUUCCACGUCUGGAACUUUGUUCUGCAGUUUUAGCUGUAGAAAUGGCAGACUUACUGACCACUGAGUUAGAUAUUGAACUACAAAGAGUGAAAUUCUACAUAGACAGUAGAAUUGUCUUAGGUUACAUUCACAACACAAGCAGAAGAUUUCAUGUGUAUGUUGCCAAUAGAGUUGCUCGGAUCAGAAGGUGUACUCACCCAAAUCAGUGGCAGUUUGUCAGAACAGACCAAAAUCCUGCAGACCAUGGAACACGUUUCAUAUCCCCGGAGUUACUGAACCAGACCAGUUGGUUUACAGGCCCUGAGUUUUUGCACAAAGAUGGAUCAAACAAUGACACAAUUCAUACAGAGAUCUACAACCUCGUGGAACCAGACACAGAUGUAGAGGUACGGUCACAAGUGUCUGCAUUAGUUACCAAAGCCUCUGAGAAGGAGUUUGACUCGCAACGUUUUACACGGUUCUCAAACUGGAAAGUACUAAUCAGAGCCAUAGCUAGCCUUGUACGCAAGGUCAGAUCUUAUGCUGGAAACCCUAACUCUAGAACAGACGAACUGACACAAGCAAGGAUGAUAGUUGUCAGAACUGUUCAACAGGAAACAUUUUCAGAGGAACUGAAGCGCCUUGCAGGGAAUGAAGAGGUGUCCAAGCACAGCAUCAUAAGAAAGUUGAACCCCAUCUUGGAUGAAGAUGGAGUAAUACGCGUUGGAGGACGUUUAUCAGCAGCCGACACAUGCUGGGAAGAGAAACACCCCAUCAUUAUUCCCAAAAACAAUCACAUCGCUACUCUACUUGUCAGACACUUCCACGAACAAGUUGCACACCAGGGUAGACAUUUCACAGAAGGUGCUCUUCGGUCAGCUGGACUGUGGAUAAUUGGAGGCAAAAGACUAGUAUCAAGUGUCAUACAUCACUGUGUAAUAUGUAAAAGACUUAGAGGCAAGCUUGGAGAACAAAAAAUGGCUUCCUUGCCUUCUGAUCGAGUUAACCCAAAUCCUCCAUUCACCAAUGUUGGUGUUGAUGUGUUCGGUCCAUGGAAUAUCUACACUCGACGAACCAGGGGAGGUCUUGCAGAGAGUAAGCGAUGGGCAGUUAUUUUCACAUGUUUGGGAACACGUGCCGUGCAUUUUGAAGUGAUAGAGUCACUGUCCUCCGCAAGCUUUAUAAAUGCAUUGAGAAGAUUCAUUGCUGUCCGAGGACCCGUCAAACUGUUUAGGUCUGAUCGUGGAACUAACUUUAUUGGAGCCUGUAAAGAGCUAAAGUUGAAUGCAGAGGAUCCAGAUUUUAAAAGCUAUCUACAGGAUCAAGGGUGCACUUGGGUCUUCAACUCUCCUCAUUCCUCACAUAUGGGUGGGGUUUGGGAAAGGUUAAUAAGUGUUGCACGGAGAAUUUUAAAUGCUUUGCUUCUUAAGACAGAUUCCACAAGGCUGUCGCAUGAGGUCCUUGUUACUCUUAUGUCAGAAAUCAUGGCCAUAAUGAAUGCCAGACCUCUGGUCCCCAUCUCGUCUGACCCAGACAUGCCACAUGUUCUUUCACCUGCCACACUUUUAACUCAAAAGAUAGAGGCCGUGUCUGCACCGAAAGGAGAGUAUGACAUUAAAGACCUCUAUAACAAACAGUGGAGGCAAGUUCAAAGCCUUGCUGAUGCCUUUUGGAAGCGCUGGCGUCAAGAAUACUUAACAACACUCCAACAAAGGAGAAAAUGGCAAGUAAACAAGCCAAACCUUCAGGUCGGAGAUGUUGUGCUUCUAAAAGACGCAGCACUCAAAAGAAACGAGUGGCCUACAGGAGUUAUAGCACGCGUCAUCCCAGUCAUCAUCAGGCAUUGUGGAGAUUCUCAAAAAUAA